AUGUCGGCGGCGGUAGCGUGCGUGGAUUACUUCGCAGCCGACGUGCUCAUGGCCAUCUCUUCGGGCGCCGUGGUGCACCGCGGGCGGCCGGGCCCCGAGGGCGCGGGCCCCGCCGCCGGCCUGGAUGUGCGCGCGCCACGCCGCGAGGCCGCCCCGCCCGGGCCCCCGGGGCCGCCAACGCCGCCCUCCCGGGCUGCCCCGGGCUUGGGCCCCGGAGCCGCCGCCGCGCCCCACCUGCUGGCCGCCAGUAUCCUGGCCGACCUGCGAGGCGGGUCCGCCGCGGCCCCGGGGGGCGCCUCGCCCGUCUCCUCCUCCUCGGCCGCUUCGUCUCCGUCCUCCGGCCGCGCCCCCGGCGCCGCGCCCGCCGCCGCCAAGAGCCACCGCUGCCCCUUCCCGGGCUGCGCCAAAGCCUACUACAAGUCCUCGCACCUCAAGUCGCACCUGCGGACGCACACGGGUGAGCGCCCCUUCGCCUGCGACUGGCCGGGCUGCGACAAGAAGUUCGCGCGCUCGGACGAGCUGGCCCGCCACCACCGGACGCACACCGGCGAGAAGCGCUUCCCCUGCCCGCUCUGCUCCAAGCGCUUCACCCGCAGCGACCACCUCACCAAGCACGCCCGCCGCCACCCCGGCUUCCGCCCAGAACUGCUCCGCCGCCCCGGCGCCCGCAGCACCUCACCCAGCGACUCCCUGCCCUGCAGCCUGGCGGGCAGCCCCGCGCCCAGCCCGGCCCCCAGCCCGGCCCCCGCCGGCCUGUAG